AUGAGCGCCAACCCCCAGUGGGACGUCAGCCGGGCUCUGGGGGUGGCCAGGCUCUUCCACCUGGUGUGCGGGGUCCGGGACGCCUGCGUGACUCCGUUCCUGACCCUCUACCUGAGGCAGCUGGGCCUGGCCGCGCCCUGGGUGGGCAUCCUGAUGGGGACCAAGCACCUGGUCGCAGCCUUCUGGGGUCCCUUCUGUGCCUUCCUGGCCAAAAGCUACCAGAAGAGGAGGGUGCUUCUGAUGGGCUCGCUGCUCGGCUCGGUGGGGGCCAGCCUGCUGCUGGUCCUGGUGCCGCCGCUGGACAGAGAUCUGCGGUCGGGUUCCUGUAACGCCAGCGACGGCGCCACCACCGCGCCGCCACCGGGGGCCGCGCUGACCGGGACCUUCGCCUCGAACCAGCCGCCGGGGGCGCCCAGCCCCGCAUCCAAGAGCAGUCCUGGGACCGUGGAGGCCUCUGGCGUGGGGAAAGGACCCGCGGGAAGUGUCCACGAGCCGUCCGGUCAUCCUCCUGGCCACGCCGUGGGCUCCGUGGAGGGAGCCAGGACCACGUCCCUAGCUGUCCAUCCUGGCCCUUCGGGGGUGAAAGCUCCCUCUCGGGGGGGCUUUAAGGUGGGCGGGACCGCCCUCCCUUUGCUUGCUGGAGGUACAGCGCUGGGAAGCCCAGCCAACUGGUCGGCAGCCGAGGGCCACGCCCGGGCCCUUGGCCUGUCCUCGGAAGGGCUGCGGUGGACCUUCUUCCUCUCCCUGGGGUCCAUGGUGUUCUGGGAGCUGCUGACGGCCCCUCUGGAGCAGGUGGCAGACGACAGCCUUUAUGAGUACCUGGAUUGUGUGGACGCCACGGACCGCUACAGAAGCCUGUGGGUCUGGAGGCUGCUGGGCAUGUCCACGGGGGCCUGUGGCAUCGCAGCCUUGGCGGGACGGCUGGAAUGCUCCCUGGUGACAAACGGCCCCCGGGGCGUGUUGCACUUCUAUGGCUACUCACUGGUCAGCACGCUGGCUUUCCUGGUGAGCAUCGCCUUUCCCGUCCCCACGUGCAGGCGGCGGGAGCCCAGCUACAAAACCGUCAAGGCGCUGUCUCUGGUGGCCGGCGACCCCCGCCUCACCCUCCUGGCCCUCACUGUCUUCCUGUUAGGAGCCGCCACCAGCACGGUACAGAACUUUCUGUUCUGGCACAUGAAGGACCGCGGGAGCAGCGAGCUGGUCAUGGGUUUCUCGGUGGCGCUGGGCUGGCUGGGGGAGGUUGUGGUCCAUCCGUUCAGAGCGACAGUGCUUAGGAAACUGACCAGGGUGGGCACCGUGGGGCUGGGGCUGGGCUGUCUGGGGCAGCUACUCUACUACGCCUUCCUCUGGAACUGGUGGUCCGUCCUCCCCGCUCAGACCUUGAGCGCCAUCAGCAGGGGCUCGGGCUGGGCGGUGAAGGCCUCGGUCGAGCACCUGGCCUCUCCCGGAAUGGAGAGGCCCCUGAGUGCCAUGUUCCAAGGCCACUUUUACGGGGGGGCCAGCCUGGGCAGCUUUGCGGGGGGCUUCGUGGUGAUGUCCUUCAGCCUGGCCGUUCUGUACCAGGCCUGCUGCGUGGGUCUGUUGCUCUGGCUGGCCCUGUUCCUGUCCGUCCAGCGGACACUGCCCCAGGAGCAGAGAAUCAACUACUCGAAACUGCUGGUCGUGGAGGCCAGCGACACGAGCGACUCUGAGCCGGGGACGGAACGGGACUGGCUCGUGAAGGCCAUGAGGGAGGAGCAUUCAGGCUAGGAGGAUGGAGAGGCAGGUCACGAUGCCCUGAUCGGGGGAAGGUGCCCGAGGCUGGGGGGCGGGGGGGGGUGGACAAAACUCACCUGCCGAGGACAAGGUCCUGGGGCUGCAGGGCGCCUGGAGAGAGAAAACGAGUGUGUGUGCAGAAGUCCCACGGGAUCACCUCAAUGCAUGAUUCUCUUUACUUCUGUGGUAAGGGGAGAUUUAACUUUUGGCCGUUCAAUCUUUUUUUUAAAUAAUGGAGGAAGAAUACAUUUGCU